AUGACUCCCCCGCUGGCGAAUUUGCAUCUCGAUGUCGAGGCUAUUUCAGGAAUCUGCGGCUCAAUCUCAAUUGCAUGCUGGGUCAUCGUCUUCACACCCCAACUCAUCGCGAAUUGGAGGUCCAGCUCUGCCGAAGCAUUGUCUGUUCAGUUUAUCAUUGUGUGGCUAAUCGGAGAUGUCUUCAAUAUCGCCGGCGCCGUCCUUCAGGGCGUCUUGCCAACUAUGAUCAUCCUGGCCGUCUAUUAUACAUUGGCCGACAUAGUCCUUUUGGGCCAAUGUUUCUACUACAGAGGAUUGACCUGGCGAGACGAACCUGCCACGCCCACCCCAAAGACGUCGCCACGGCUCGAUGGCAGCGCAAACGAACGCACAGCUUUGUUGGGCGAUCACGAUCACCGAGAACGUCGCGGGUCCGACUGGACUGGUCUAUCGCUCACGGUUCCUCACAUUUCUCACGUGGAACCUCCUCCACCCCCGCCCAGUACAUUGCAGACUUUGAUCUGGAACACAUCCAUCGUCUUCAUGGUCUGCGCAGCCGGCGUCCUAGGCUGGUGGCUGGGAGAAUCGGCAGCAGGUACUGAUAAGGGAUCCAACGUUGGUGGAGAAGAUGCCAUCGAAUUCAACCUUCUGGGUCAGCUUUUUGGCUACCUGUGCGCUGUCUUCUACAUUGCCUCCCGGGUGCCGCAGCUUAUCCUCAACCACCGCCGCAAGACGACUGAAGGCCUUAGCAUGCUCUUCUUUAUCUUUGCAUGCCUCGGAAACGUUACGCCCGGUGAGGCCAGACGUAUCUACGGUAGAUACAUGCUUCUCAAUCUAAGUUGGUUGACGGGCGCCUUGGUCACUCUCUUCAUGGAUUUUAUUGUUUUUGGCCAGUACUUUUACUAUGCUACCAACGACACAGAUAAAGAGGCCCGCUGCUGUGGUGAGGCACAUAUCGGGGGGGUUAUCGAAGAAACUUGCUAUGAUCAAAGGCCGCUGCUUCAACGAACUGACUCAGUAACCCCCUGA